GUUUUAUUUGAUACAAAUCAUAAUGACUUUAAAUUCAAGAUAGAGUAGAGAACAUACAAUUUACUUUUUUUGCCCUUUCAAAAUCACAUUGAGGAAGAAAUAGAAAAAUAAAUUCAGGGAAACAAAAGAACCUGAUAGGUAUGUUACUUGCAAACCAAAAUAUGAUAAAUUUCUGGUUGAAUAAAGCACUUGGGAAUCAAUUCAUGGCAAAACCCUAGAGAGCUUAGUGGCCUUGUUCAGAAGGCUGGAAGGACCAUCCAAAAAUUAUAUUCUGCAUUACCCCCAGUGUCAAAAGCAGGCAUGUCCUAGGAGGAGCAAGCCUUGGGCACAGCCAGAUAAUUAAAGGUAUGAAAAGCUAAGUCAUUUACCUAUUAGUAUAGGUGUCUUCUAGUGUGGGUUUCCUCCUGAGAGAAUGCCAGAAAUUCAACUUUCUGAUUUGCAAAUUCGUCCAUAGGAAAUUCCAAAGUAGGUCCUGUGGGGAAAAAGGAACAGUGCUUUAGGUAGCUUGUGGCUAUCCUGAGGGAUGGCGGACCUCCAGUACCAGGAAGAUGGGAUACUUGCCCACCGUUAAAAAAAAGCCUGGCUGGUUGCAUGACUCCUUUGUCUUCCUUGGACUCAUUCUUCUAGACUCUAGACCUCUAAAUGUGGUCAUAAUUUAGGUUCAUUGCAAGCGAAGAUUCUCACUUGAGCUGGGUAAAUAUAACCUAGCUAUCAGAAUGUAACUCUGAUUUAGAUCUUCAUCUACAGAUAUGAAUGGACAACCUAGAAGAAUCAUGCUUUUGAGGAAAAUCAGCAGCCUGAAAGAGAGGCACCAAAUCCAGCUGACUGAAUAAUGAGACAGCAGAGGAGACAGUUUAAUAUAGAAUACAGAAUUAACUUUAAAUCUUCAGAGACAUUUGGAGCUGUGACUGAUGAGAAUCAAAGGCCAUGGAUGAAGAUGGACUUGAAUUACAACCACAAGAGCCAAACUCGUUUUUUGAUGCAACAGGAGCUGAUGCUACACACAUGGAUGGUGAUCAAAUUGUUGUGGAAGUACAAGAGACUGUUUUUGUUUCAGAUGUUGUGGAUUCAGACAUAACUGUGCAUAACUUUGUUCCUGAUGACCCAGACUCUGUUGUUAUCCAAGAUGUUAUUGAGGAUGUUGUUAUAGAAGAUGUUCACUGCCCCGAUAUCAUGGAAGAAGCAGAUGUAUCUGAAACGGUCAUCAUUCCAGAGCAAGUGCUGGACUCAGAUGUAACCGAAGAAGUUUCUUUAGCACAUUGCACGGUCCCAGAUGAUGUUUUGGCUUCCGACAUUACUUCAGCCUCAAUGUCUAUGCCAGAACAUGUCUUGACGAGUGAAUCCAUACAUGUGUCUGAUGUUGGACAUGUUGAACAUGUCGUUCAUGACAAUGUAGUAGAAGCAGAAAUUGUCACCGAUCCUCUGACAACGGAUGUCGUUUCAGAAGAAGUACUGGUAGCAGAUUGUGGCUCUGAAGCAGUCAUAGAUGCCAAUGGGAUCCCUGUGGACCAGCAAGAUGAUGACAAAAGCAACUGUGAGGACUACCUUAUGAUUUCCUUGGAUGAUGCUGGCAAAAUAGAACACGAUGGUUCCUCUGGAAUGACCAUGGAUGCAGAGUCGGAAAUUGAUCCUUGUAAAGUGGAUGGCACUUGCCCUGAAGUCAUCAAGGUGUACAUUUUUAAAGCCGACCCUGGAGAGGAUGACUUAGGUGGCACUGUAGACAUUGUGGAGAGUGAACCUGAGAAUGACCACGGAGUUGAAUUACUUGAUCAGAAUAGCAGUAUUCGUGUGCCAAGGGAAAAGAUGGUUUAUAUGACUGUCAACGACUCUCAGCAAGAAGACGAAGAUUUAAAUGUUGCUGAAAUCGCUGAUGAAGUUUAUAUGGAGGUGAUCGUGGGAGAGGAGGACGCUGCUGCCGCGGCGGCCGCCGCCGUGCACGAGCAGCAGAUGGACGACAACGAAAUCAAGACCUUCAUGCCAAUAGCGUGGGCGGCAGCUUACGGUAAUAAUUCUGAUGGAAUUGAAACCCGGAAUGGCACUGCAAGUGCCCUCUUGCACAUAGAUGAGUCUGCUGGGCUCGGCAGACUGGCUAAACAAAAACCAAAGAAAAGGAGAAGACCUGAUUCCAGGCAGUACCAAACAGCAAUAAUUAUUGGCCCUGAUGGACAUCCCUUGACUGUCUAUCCCUGCAUGAUUUGUGGGAAAAAAUUUAAGUCCAGAGGUUUUUUGAAAAGGCACAUGAAAAACCAUCCCGAACACCUUACCAAGAAGAAGUACCGCUGUACUGACUGUGAUUACACUACCAACAAGAAGAUAAGUUUACACAACCACCUGGAGAGCCACAAGCUGACCAGCAAGGCCGAAAAGGCCAUCGAAUGCGAUGAGUGUGGGAAGCAUUUCUCUCACGCUGGGGCUUUGUUUACUCACAAAAUGGUGCAUAAGGAGAAAGGAGCCAACAAAAUGCACAAGUGUAAAUUCUGUGAAUACGAGACAGCUGAACAAGGCUUAUUGAAUCGCCACCUUUUGGCGGUCCACAGCAAGAACUUUCCUCAUAUUUGUGUGGAGUGCGGUAAAGGUUUUCGUCACCCGUCAGAGCUCAAGAAGCACAUGCGAAUCCAUACUGGGGAGAAGCCGUACCAGUGCCAGUACUGCGAAUAUAGGUCUGCAGACUCUUCUAACUUGAAAACGCAUGUAAAAACUAAGCAUAGUAAAGAGAUGCCAUUCAAGUGUGACAUCUGUCUUCUGACUUUCUCAGAUACCAAAGAGGUGCAGCAACAUGCUCUUAUCCACCAAGAAAGCAAAACACACCAGUGUUUGCACUGUGACCACAAGAGUUCGAACUCGAGCGACUUGAAACGACACAUAAUUUCAGUCCAUACGAAGGACUACCCCCACAAGUGUGACAUGUGUGAUAAAGGCUUUCACAGGCCUUCUGAACUCAAGAAACACGUGGCUGCCCACAAGGGUAAAAAAAUGCACCAGUGUAGACAUUGUGACUUUAAGAUUGCAGAUCCGUUUGUUCUAAGUCGCCAUAUUCUCUCAGUUCACACAAAAGAUCUUCCGUUUCGGUGUAAGAGAUGUAGAAAGGGAUUUAGGCAACAGAACGAGCUUAAAAAGCAUAUGAAGACACACAGUGGCAGGAAAGUGUACCAGUGUGAGUACUGUGAGUAUAGCACUACAGACGCCUCGGGCUUUAAACGGCACGUUAUCUCCAUUCAUACGAAAGACUAUCCUCACCGUUGUGAGUACUGCAAGAAGGGGUUCCGACGACCUUCAGAAAAGAACCAGCACAUAAUGCGACAUCAUAAGGAGGUUGGCCUGCCCUGAUAGUCCUUCUACAGACAUUUAUGGAGAUGUUGGCCUUGAAGCAGAAAUCUCAUUUUAAAGCCAGUCAGUCUCGUUCACAUACAAUACUGUAUAUUGAUUUAUGCUGUGUACAAAUAGAAUUAUUGCUUCUAGUUGAGUUUUGUUGUUUUUGUUUUGUUUUUGUUUUUUUUUUUACAUUUUGUUUAAUAGUGUGUUCUGAAUUCUAUUCAGUUUGUUUAAUAAAUGGGGGAAAGCAGCAACAAAUAAGUUGCUUUUAAUAAAGUAAUCCUUGAUGCUAUACUGGAUUUUUCUAUCUUACAAGUUUUAUAUUUAUUUAAAUAUUUACCUUGCUUACCUUGAUGGUACUCUUCUAAGACCAUUUAACUUAAAGUUAAGGUAACUUUAGAUUGGUAACUCUGAAAGUAUUCGUGUUGACUCAUUUUUUUUUUUCCCCAUGAAUUUCUCACAAUAAAAUUGUCAGAGACAUCUACUAACAUAAACGGGAGAUUUUACAGUCAGGUCUAAUUAUCCUAACAUGGAAGUCCUUGACUUGUCUUGCUUGCUCUUCUCAGACCACAUGACAGUGAAAGUUUCCAUUUGAGCUUUUGCCACCCGGGCAUCGCUGAGGAGAGAACAGUGGCUGGGUUCGUCUUUACUUUUCAUUUCGUUGAGCAGACAAGCUGUACUUUUUGCAGGGAGGGGGGGUGGGGGGGGCUUUCUUUGGUGUAUUUACAUCUUUUGUCAGCAUAGCAGACUUCUAGAAAACUUCCUUGACAAAUUUUGCUUGGUCAUGUUGUAUUUUGAUUAUUCCGUCUGUGCUGCUUUGUCUCGGAAUGGUUGUGUGUUACAAAUGAGAUUAUCGAGGACUGCAUUUCGGAAUCUCCUUGAGGUAAUUCGUGGCUCGUAGGAUCUUUUGCGACUUUAUAUAUGUAAAUGUACCCUGAAUUAUAUAUAUGCACAUAUAUAGAGAACAUGUAUCUGUGUGUAUUGCUUAUUUUACAUAUUUAUACACACAACCCCAGUAGUAGUUGUUUAAGAUCUAUAAUGAAAAGUAUUAAAUUUACAAUAACACGAAAGAUGCAGGGAUGCAUGAGAGAGCAUUUUGUAAAUCAUGCUCUUCAGAGAGACUACUCAGGUGAAGAAUUAGAAGGAAAAUAAGGACACUAGUAUUUUUAAAGAGUUAAAGGUAUUUUCUUUUAAAUAUCUUUGGUAAUUGAAAAAUAGACGUUACGAUGUUUCUAGAUAGAAUGUUUUCAUACAACUUCAGCUCCAUGCCUUUAUAUUUUUCUGAAAAGCUAAUGAGCAUCCAGGCAGAACUCCCUCCGUUCUCUCAGAGAAACUCUUGAGGGAACUCUGUGUCUGUCACCCAGUGAAGGGGGAUUAAGGAAGCCACAGCUCCGUGUCCCAGAGAUUGGGUGCUACCGUUGACUUCCGCUUGGCAGGUCCAGCCUGCUCUGUUAUGUCUUAGUUACAGUUAGCAAACUUUAAAAACCUGAACACUCAAAUUGGCUUUGGUUAGAAGAUAAAGGUGUGUUUAAGUGCAUGAGGAAAAUCUGAGGCCUUAUUUGGAACAUCCCCAAGUCUUUCACGGUUUUGUUUUUCUUUGAGAGUUGGUAUUUUUUAAACAGUUCUGAAUCAGUUCAGAAACGCAUACACUGAAGCCAGUUACUUAGAAUUGGAUCUUGCGAAGAUGGAUCUUGGAAAAUGGAGAACAGUUUUUGGGGUCCUUUAGAUGGGAUGUCAGCAUGUGAGUAUCCGGCACGUUGUAGGAGAUUUAGUAAGGACUUUUCUUCCCACCUGAUAGCUGCCUUGCCACUUCAUGAUGGUGCUCCUUCCCCUUUGUGCUGUUCGGGUUUAACCUUUCAUCUUUCUCUUUGCCAUUGAUACUUGUAUUCAAGAAUUCUAUUUAUAGGGUUAGAAAUCUAAAUAUUUGGUGUUUGGCAAGCCUCUGAAGUGCUAGAUUGAUUUCAUCCACUUGGAAAUCAAGUGCUUUAGGCUGGUGUAUGAACUCCAGCCUGAAUGCCAGUUAAAGCCAAGGCAUGGGCCUAUCCCAGCGGGAGCUCCUGUGCUCUCUUGGCCCCAUAAACAUUCUUUUUUUUUUUUUUUUUUAAGCGUAACUUACAAUUGUGUGAUUCAUUGCCCUGCAGUACUAUUCUUGAAAGCUCUGUCUGUUUUUUUGUGAGAACCUUUAAAAUCUCCCUUAAUUUCUUUUUCCCAGAAGUCAUGUAAAAGAAAACACUUAAGUGAAAGUGGAAAGUUAUUAACUUUAAAACAUGCUGUAAAAUUAGUACAGAAAAUAUAAAGAAUUGGUCAUUUAACUAUAUUUUUUUAAAUAAACUGAAAGAUAAAGAACACAACACUGUACACACUUUAUAUUUCUCUUACAUAGUCUGGAAUCAUACACAGCUAUUUUCUUUUUAAAGCACAAUAUUGAAACCUUUAAAAGGUAUUUAAGGGUUUGGUCAAGUGAAUAUGAUAAGAUGUAUUUGUCUGUAUAAAGAGAAAAUGAACUUGUAGUCACUGUUAUGUACUGACAUUAGUUACAACCUAGUUUUAAUUCUUAAAACAAUUUUGAUUAGCAAAGCUAAAAAAAAUGGAUGUUUCAGUUAAAUGUUUUAAAGAGGUACAGAUUUUUACAAGGACAUAAUAUAAGUUAUUGUUCUGUAGAAAUAUCCUAUUAAAUAUUGUAUGUCCCUCCCUCUGUACACUUUGUAAAAAAAGUAAAAUACAUAAAAAGAAAAUCAUAUAGGGAUGUGUGACAUUAUUGUAAUUGUGUACUUGAGAAUAACGUGCAAAAAUAAAAAUCAGAAUAUUUUCCUGUUAA